UUCAACCAUUGCCUUUACGUGCAUAUGAAAGCGGACAUUGGUGGUGAAAAAUAUUUUAUUUUCGGUGGUGAUGUGGUGAUGUAUGUUUCCGUGUAAGAUCGAUAGUUUGGUCAUGACCAGAGCGGCGCUACUGAAACUCCUGAUCCUGGGUCUCAUCGCUUUCCUCAUCUGCAUUCCAGAGUUCUUCAUUACAGACAAAGUGGGAAGAGUAAAGUUGUCCUGUCUACCUUGUAGACACUGUGAGCAACAGAGUCAAGUAGGGAAAGUUGGAGAUGGAUCAAAGAGUAUGGACAACCUCAAUGAUACUACAGGAGGAGAAACCUGGCAGCAGGCCUGUGUUCAGACAGUCAGUCGAUCGGUCACAGCCGGAAACAACGCGCAUCUUAAGUUUACGUGCAAAACUUAUGGUGUCAUGGAGGAAGUGCAGAUCGGCUUCUCAUCAUCAGGAUAUCUUGAAGUACUGGUGGAGGUCCAACUGAGGGAUAAAGAGUUCCUCAAUCUCACCCUGUACGGCUGGAACAAUCGAAGCUCCCUCCAGCUACACCUUCCUGAUGAGGAAGAGGAGGAGAGGGAUGAAGAUCUCAUGGAGGCAUUUCACUGCUGUGUGCUCUCUGGGAGAGACAAGGUUAAGUCCUGCUUGCUCUGGAUCUCCAAUCAAACCCUCCUCGGCGCAGCAGACAGGGGGAUGAAACUGGAGCCAAGAGAUGACUGGCAUUCUGUGUUCAGAGUCCUGUGGCUGGUUCUGCUGUGUGUGGCUGUGUUGACCAUGGCUUCUGCGAUUCUUGGUCAAAUCUACAAGAAGGAGCGCAGACGCAAAAGAUCAAAGGAGCUUCGUGAUGGAGACUUUACUGGCAUGCUGCUGACAGAAAAAGGAAACUAUACCUCAAACCAGACUUCAAAAGGGAGGGCCGAGACUCACACCCCAGACUCUCUGAGGCUAGCAUCAGGUCUAGACCCCAUUCAAGAGGUUGAAGUUUCAGAGGACGUAGAAAUUCUGCUGGUUGGAAGCGACAGCUGCUAUGAAAACGCGUAUCUUCAUCACCGCAGUCAGUCCUCCUCCACCUCCGGCGACACCGAACAGCAGAGCUGCUGAGGGACAGCGGUGAGAGAAAUGCAACCUGACAGCAGGUCUUCCAGAUCUGAACGUGUCUGACAUAAAGAGCAUGAUUUUCACUAGACGCAUUCGAUCAGGGUUUCCGUCUUUACUCACCUGUGUCCAACUCAGUUCUGAAGCAGUAAAUGUCAGACAGCACUGUAGGUGGUUUUGUAUGCAGGGCUGAAGCUACGCUGAUGCAUGACUGAGGACAUCUGACAGAUGAUGGGAAGGUUGGCUAAUAUUUUUCGGCCCAAUAUCAACUGUGCCUACAGUCAUUUAUCUCGAUAAAAGCAGAGAGUGACAGAAAAGAAAAGGGGUGAUGCCAACCAGGGCUUUGACUCCAACUGACUGACAGACCAUUUCACCAUAUCACGCAGCAACAGCUUAACAUGACCAGAUCUGUGAGGGAGACCGUGAAUCAUCUGGAAGUUGAAAGGCUGGAUGUUGUCUCAACAGUAGAAUAUUGCACUGAAACACGUCUGAAUACACCUACAUACACCUAUGUUUUUUUUUUCAACACAAAUCAAGACCAAGGUCUUAGAGAUAACAAUUACUUGUUAAAUGGUUCCAGAUAAUAUGUAUGUAACCUAUUCAGUAAUAUGUAUGCUUCAUCCCGAGGUGUGUGAAGACUUAUGUACAUUUGGUCACGUGAUCUGGGUUGGAAUAAACCUCAGACAUGGCUUCCAUGUAUGUGUCUAUGUCUCUCACUCAUGAGGGUCAUGAGGAUAUAUUACAAUCAACAUCCAUUUUAUUCUGCUUAUCUGAGGUCAGGUCGCAAUGGCAGCAACUUGAGUAAAGAGGUCCAGACUGGCCCCUCUACACAAACCUCUUACAGGCUCCAUAGAGGUGUUUCCAGUGGCUACCAGUCCAGACCAGUUUAAAAUCCACUUCAGAAUUUUAUGGAUGACUUUUUAAGUUCAUUUGGAACUGGCCCUCUAGUAUAUUGUGGAAAUGCUGACUCUCUAUGAGCCAGUCAGGGGCCUCUGAUGGGUCUCUGCAACUGUAGUUGUUGCCAAGUCAGGACCUAAAAAGUGGCAAAGCCUUUCUUGUCAGGGAUCUUCAACUGUAGAACAGUCUGCUCGAGAAGAUUCAAAACAUCUACCACCACCUUUAAAACCCUCUUAAAAGUCCAUUGUCAUAGACCUGCAUUUAUGUGAUAGCAUCCUAUUAUGUACUUGUGCUUUCACUGAGACGGUCCAACUACAUUCAU